UCUGCAGUUCCUCCUCUUUUUAUUAUAUUUUGACUGAUAAUCCCUCCCUGCUCAGCUGUCAUUUGUAUUCUUGUGUCUGUGUUAACCAUAGGUGAAGCACACUGCCGAAGCAGGAACUAUAAGGCCUGUCAACCAUAAACUCUACUAGAGCUAUUAGACUGGAUGUGGACAAAUUGAACUUAAGGCAUCCUUAAUUUUCUUCACUGAUCAAAUAUAAUUUGAUUGCAUCAUGUCUAACCCAACCAGCCAAGUCAGCCAUCAGGCAGCCUACUUGUCUCUCAUGAAAGGAGUGAAGGAGCUGGACUUUCAUUGCCCUUGUGUCCCCAGCGACCUGCUGCUGAUCGGAGACCAUGCCUUUCCUUUAGCCAUGAACAGCAAAGGUCAGGUCCUGAUGGCUGCCUCUCUGUAUGGUGCUGGGAGGAUUGUUGUUCUGGGUCAUGAGGGUUACCUGACUGCCUUUCCUGCUYUGGUGGAGAACGCCCUGAUCUGGCUGCGGGGUGAUGGAUCAGAUGACCCUUCUGUAUUUGUGCACAACAGCGUCAAGGUGGUCAGCAACAACCUCAGCAAGUCCACCUUCCAAGCACAAUUAGUGGGGGGCUUUGAUAGUAAUCUAAAGACUGGUGUGUAUGUGGCGGAUGCGUACAGCGUUGGUGCUGACCCGAAAGACUUGGUGGCCUUCAUGAAAGCUGGAGGAGGGGUGCUGAUAGCCGGCCAGGCGUGGAGCUGGACUGCAGAUCACCCUAAGGAGAACACACUGCAUCACUUUGAUGGAAACAAGGUGUCUGGGGUUGCAGGGAUCUACUUCUCUAAGAAUCCAGCAGAGGUGGAAAACCUCCCAGUUUAUCCACAGAUCCCAUCCUCCUACAUGGCUGUAGUAGUAGGGAAGGAUUUUGAGGACGACUUGCAGUUCUUACUUGAUGGUGUUUCAGAGCUCGCCAUCCCAAAUGGUUCACUAGCRUCAGAGGUUAUGGUCCAUGGCCCACUAGCAUUUCCAAUUGGUGUAGCAAAURGUGGGCAGGCAUUUUUGGCCGGAGCCUAUUAUGGCCAAGGUCGGGUCAUCGUUGCUGGACAUGAAGGAGUUCUGAGUGCUGAGGCAAAUGCUCCAUUUUGGAAGAAUGCCCUACACUGGCUGGACGAAGGACGAAGGGGCGUUGUUGGAGUAGCACUGAAAAAUGGGAUUAAGAUAGCUACCGACUCAGGUCUAAAAAUGGAGAAAACAGUCAUCAAGAAAGACCUGAGUGUGUUUGUGUCUCCAUCAAACCCCAAAAUCCACUGGGAAGAGAUCCAGAACUUUGUAGCAGAAGGAGGAGGUCUUCUGAUUGGAGGACAUGCCUGGUACUGGGCACARUGCCAUGGUGGAAAAAACCCAAUGACAGAGUUUGGAGGGAACAAAUUCCUAAACCAAAUGGGAUUGAGCCUGUUGAAGUCAACUAUUAAAGCAGGUUCAUGCAAGGUACCUGAUCCCAGUCAGUCCGUCAAAGAUACCUACCAUUUCCGGCAUAUUUUGCACCGCUUUGCAAAGCAUGUAGCUCUGCAGGAAAAACUCAGCAAACAUGAGGAGGAAUUCCUCAAAAAGCUGGGCAUUUACAAGGUUUGCCCAAAUCCAGACGACCUCCUGCCGUACCUCAUCAAGGACAAUCCACUGCUGCCAGUUGUCCACAAUCACAGGGUCAAGUUGGACAUCAAGACAGAAGGAGGGGGAGAGUGGAUCAGCACAGGUCUCUACCUUUCUCCUGGUAUGAAGACAUAUGUGGCCAUACCAGCAGAGAUCAUCAACAAAGGAUGGCAGAUUCAGAUAGGCUGUCAAACAGAUCACCUGAAAGCAGAAGCAUUGAAGAGAGCUCCAUGUGUCCACGUACGCUUUCCUGUCACCUCUGAGAUGAUCCAGGUGUCGAACCUGUGGGGAGGACUCAUUUACCUUGUGGCCCCACCCAACACACAGGCAGAGGGAUUGGAGGUUGUUGUACAGAUGGCUGUUCCUGCACCCUACUACAAAUCAGGUGUUACGAGUCAAGCUGAAUGGUCGUUGUUGUGUACGGCCCCUUCACCUUGGGCGGAGUUGGAGUUUGACAACAUCAUCCUCACCGUAGAACGGAGACACGCGGAGAGAGGAAGGGGUUUGGGGGAUUUGGAUACGGCAAGAGACUAG